AUGUCGUCCGAGAUCUCUUCUCACCCAACUUCUCUCGCGAGAUUUCGCCCUGCGAUAUAUCUCCUGACGGGUGUAGCAGCUGCAUACGCUAUCUUUUAUGCUCAUAGCCGCUAUAUUACCUCCCAGUCCGAUACAUCUUUACAUCGUCGUAAUGCCGUCCGGAGGAGAGCCACGAGGCGCCGCGGCGGCAUUUCGCUCCCCAGUGGCGAGUCGCGUGUGCCGCACGACUUCUCAGGACAUAUAAUGGCGCUUGAACAGUUAGAAAGAGCAGGACAGGCUUACGGGACAUUCCGGAUGGAGAUUGAAAAUGGCCGCGCCAUUGAGUGCCGCCUCAUGCCGUCGCAGCUACCGUCUGUCGAUCAGAUUGAACAGCAGCUCGAAGCUUCUCGAGAUCACGCACUUUUUAUACGAUCCGUUAUGGAAAAUGCCUUUCUCGAUAACUUUUUCGCUGUGGAAUUCCGGCCUUCGCAUACUAUUCGCUUUGAUACAGGAGAAUGGCAGUACCUGGCAAACGAGCUGCUGGACCGUGGGCUUUCUGAAGCCAACGUCACGGCUGCAAUUACAAGGUUCAACGAGUCUGACGAUUUUGGCGAGGAGCUAAGGCGCCGGAGACGGAAUGGCGAGUCAAUACGCUUGACGGGGCCUGGAACAAGCCUCCUCAACCCCACGGAUCCACCGCCGCCAGCGGUACCAGCUCCUGAGCAAGCGGACACCUUGGAUGAUCAGAGCAUUUUUUCGUGGAGAGACGGAAAUGACGAUGGCGCCCCAACCCGCGAAGGACAGAAUUUGCUGAAUUUGCUCUAUCAUAUUGCUGAGGACCAAGCACGGCGAGACGGCUAUAUUCAUCGAGGAGUGACAUGUAAUAGCUGUGGGGCGAUGCCAAUUCAGGGAGUAAGGUAUCGAUGCGCUAACUGCAUCGACUACGAUCUCUGCGAAACAUGCGAAGCUAUGCAGGUCCACAUCAAGACGCAUCUCUUUUACAAAGUCCGAAUUCCUGCCCCCUUCCUAGGUAACCCACGACAACCCCAGCCCGUUUGGUAUCCAGGGAAGCCAGCUAUGCUCCCUCGUAGCCUACCACGGAACCUCGCCAAAAGGCUCAUGAAGGAGACCAAUUUUGAGAAUACAGAGCUGGAUGCGUUGUGGGAUCAGUUCCGAUGUCUAGCAAAUGUCGAAUGGGUUAAUGAUCCCAAUAAGCUAAAUAUGGCAAUCGACCGCAAGACAUUUGACCGAUGCUUUGUACCAAAUACCUCAAUCCGGCCUCCACCCCCGAGUCUUAUAUAUGACCGAAUGUUUUCGUUCUACGAUACGAAUGGAGAUAAUUUGAUCGGGUUCGAAGAGUUUUUAAAAGGGUUAGCAAGUUUCAGUAAUAAAAGUGUUCAUGAGAGACUGAGGCGUAUAUUUGAGGGUUACGAUAUUGAUAGAGAUGGUUACGUGGAAAGGAAGGAUUUUCUUCGAAUAUUCAGGGCUUACUACACUCUGAGCAGAGAGUUGACUAGGGAUAUGGUAGCUGGGAUGGAAGAUGAUUUCUUGGAGGGUGGUACGAGAGAUAUUAUCCUAGGUAGCCAGCCAAUAUCUUCUGCGUUCCCAGGAAAUAUCCCACAUGGGGAACCUUCGAGGAUCGGUGAAGGCAAGCGUACGAAUUUGUAUGGCGAUAUGGAGAUCAUCGACAACGAAGGGAUUUUGCGAGAAGAUGGGGAUGACACUGGCGAUAGGAAUGCUGUUAUUGGAGAUGCCGCAGUGAGGGAUACAUACGGGCGGACCCGUCCGCUCUUCGCAUCCAGGCUACGUUUGCCUGACCCACCCUUUUACCGACCUCGCAGACGUAAUGGUCGGCAUCGUAGAGAGCCUAAUGAAGAAGAGUAUGGUGAUGAAGAAUAUAAUGACGGACAUGAUUCCGAUUCAUACCCGGGCAGCUACAGCGAGUGGCCUAACGAUCAGGUACGCCCUGAAGACGUAAUUAAUGCGUUAGGAACCUACGUACCCCUGGAUGAAAUCACCGAUCCGGUUGAUAGAGCUAGGGUUGCCACUUGUGCGAUGCAGAGGCUCGAUGAAGCAGAUCGCGAACGGAUACAACGGAUAAGACGAGAAGGAGUUGACGAAAGAUGGGCAAGGCGGACUUUCUAUACUGAUGAGGAAGAUGGUGCUACCCCACCUGCCGGAUACCAUGACGCAGAAGGCCUCCAAGAAGUCGUAGAUGAUUUUGACCACCGGCCACUUGAGGAGUCGCACCCUCCUACUCCACGAUCGAGAUCAUCAUCUAAGGUUCGCUUCCAGGACGACAUCACGGAUAACGACUACGAGACUAGGUCGAAUCAAUCAACUUCGUCCCGGAGCAUCCCAGUUGCUGAACGCUGGGGUGGGUUUGAGAUUCCUGAAGCCGAGAAGGAUGUCGGCAAGGAAGUGCUGUACCAAGUUACCCAGCAGGGCCUUAACGAACUUUUAGAUCUCAUAUUCAAACCGAAAGAAGAUCUCUUGAUGGAAGCACGUCGAACCAAGACUGAGAGAAAGCGAUGGGUGAAGGAGAUCAAUAACUUUAUUGCAUCUCUCCCUAAAGGUCAUUACCUACGAGAGGGCGCUGAUAUUGAAAAGCAAGAGGAAGAGCUCGCCCAGGAGGAAGGUGAAGUAAAACCAACCCCCCAACCGAAGGAAAGGCUCCUCAAACAGGAACUGGAAGAUGCAGAUUAUACUUUCAUGGGCCGCGGAGGCGUUAUCGACCGCUCCGCAUCUCCCUCAGGAGAAGAUGACGUAGCAAACCACCACGAAACCCCUUGCGAAUCCCAGGAUAUCCUAGAUCCUACUCUCCCUCAGAACCUCCCUAACGACUCAGAUCUGGAACCGUUUCACCCAGCUCCGGAAGGCUCAGACUUUGCUGAGUAUGUGGAAGAUGCAUAUGAAGUAGCAGAGAUGUCCUUCACGCCCCCAGAUCCAACCCUUCCCCAGAACCGUCCAGACAGAUCCGCGUCAGGCCGAAGUCUCCAUAUAACUGAAGUCUCCAGCUCCACGACCAUUCCAUACGGCCACUCCAUGUUCGAGAAUUCCCCCGUAUAUGAGUCUGCCUCAACAUCCACCUCCGUCUCAGCCCAACAACAGUCACAACAGCGACGCUCCCAACACUCUCGCCCUCCGCGGGCACGAAACCAGUCCCUCCCUCUCCGUCUCCGUUUUCAGCAAUCGGUGUCGUCAUCCCCCCGUCGACAACAGCUCCUCUCCGUCACAGGGGACUAUGAUCGUUCUCAUUCUUCCCUUUCUAUCUCUCCGCCGCCAUCACCUUCCUCAUCGUCUCUUGACGAUAACAACAAACAACCCCUCCCGCCUUCACCGCCACUUCCUCCAUCUCCGAAGACGCUGGCACGAUGGAGCAGGUUGAAUCAAGUGGAGAGGGAAGCCAAGGCACGUGGCGGGUCCGGGGCUAAGUUGAACUUCGAGGAGUUCACGAUGAGAAUGCAGGGGGAGAGGGGAAGGAGAUUAGGUUUUGUGGCGAGUUGGAUCGAUAUGACGAGUUUUUAG